AUGAUUAUUUACAAGGACCUCAUCACCGGUGACGAGAUCAUCUCCGACUCGUAUGACCUCAAGUUGGUUGACGGCAUCGUCUACGAGGCCGACUGUGCCAUGAUUACUGAGGAGGCUGUCAAUGUCGACACUGGUGCCAAUGCUUCCGCUGAGGAGGCUGAUGAGGCUCUUGAGGACACUGCCGUCAAGGUCAACAACAUCGUCCACUCUUUCCGUCUCCAAAGCACCUCCUUCGACAAGAAGGGCUACCUCGCCUAUCUUAAGGGCUUCAUGAAGGCUGUCAAGGCUGGCCUUCAGGAGCGCAAUGCUUCUGCUGAUGAGAUCACCGCCUUCGAGAAGGGCGCCCAGGCCUAUGUCAAGGAGAAGCUCCUGCCCAACUUCAAGGAUUUUGAGUUCUACACUGGCGAGUCCAUGAACCCCGAUGGCCUUGUGGUUCUCCUCAACUACCGCGAUGACGGUGUUACUCCCUACGUCAUUGUCUGGAAGCACGGUCUCACUGAGAUGAAGGUCUAA